AUGGCAAUAAGUGAUGACAAACCCAGCACAAGCAGUCACAGCAGAGAUUUCAAUGCAAGAAGCGAAGACAUCCCUGCCAUAAGUGUUAAUGAUGAAGAUUAUUCUUCAUAUUUAACUCUCGUGGCAUCGCUUUCUGGCGAUUCUUCAGAUGAUGAGGAUUUAAAUCAAGCUAUAAUUGCAAGCUUGGAGAAUCAGAUUGCAGAAAAAGUCCCUGUUCAAGAGAUACUGCUGGAACUAUCAAGCAAAAUUAGCACAAAACAGCAGUGCAAAUUUAAUAUAAAUCGCUCUCCUGUGUGGGAGGGAGCCUUGCGUGGUUUUCAAAGGCUAUCUUAUGAUCCCAACUUGAUGAUCUGUGUGAAAUUCUCAGAUGAUAUGGGGAAAAAUGAGGAAGGGGUUGAUUUAGGCGGGCCAAGGAGGGAAUUCUUGAGACUAUUGAUGGACACCAUUGCCAGGUCAGCCAUGUUUGAGGGGAAAGAAAACUGCAAGAACUUGGCUCUUGACAGUACUGCUCUCAGAGGGGAUUGGUACUACAUCUCUGGCAGAGCCAUUGCAGUGAGCUUGGUACAUGGUGGUCCACCACCUAACUUUCUGUCACCAACAGUAUUUUCUCUUCUGGUUGGAAAUUCAGCAAAUCCAGCCCUGGAAGACAUAGCUGACCUGGAACUCUUCGAAAAAGUCAAAAAGAUAUCUCAAAGUACAACCCUUGAGGACCUUGAGAAGUCAAAAGAACCUCUGCUUGAUUACUUGGCCAAUGCAGGAUGCCUGAGGCCUAUGCGUUCACUAAGAGACAGGGAUCUGCUGGUACAUGACAUUGUCAUGUUUCAGGUCAUCCACAGGGUUCAAGGUCCAUUUCAAAGAUUUUGUGAAGGUCUGAAAACUCUUGGGGUUCUCGAGAAAAUCAGAAGGCAUCCAGACAGCUUUCGCCCUCUGUUCUGCUAUGAGCCACAUAUGCUGACUGCUGACCAGGUGGAUGAUCUUUUCAACAUUCAUCUAUCUCCAGAAGGAAGCAACAGAAGAGCUGCUGAGGAGAUGGUUGUUACCUUCUGGAGAGACUAUCUCCAAGAUGCAGAAGAAGAAGGACCUUCCAAAUUACAGAAGAUAUUGGCCUUUGCAACUGGAGCAACUGCGGUGCCACCUGUUGGCUUUUCCCCAGCACCCUCGAUUGAGUUCAUUCAUAGAGGAGACGACGACUUCUCUUCUACACCAAUUUUCCCUCUUGCCAACACGUGUGUUAACUACAUUAGGCUGCCACUGCAUGUUUCAUACCAGCUGUUCAAGGAGAAGUUUGAUUUUGCAUUAGGUAACACUUACGGCUUUGGCAGGGUAUGA